AUGAAAUAUUUAAGUUGGAUUGUUGUUGUUGUCCUGCUUGCUGGAUGUGAUCAGAUAUUUGGGCAAAAUCAGACAAAAGUAGUGCAAAAUACGAAUGGAACUGCCGGUAAUGUUGCACUUGAAUCCUUUACAUUGAACCUUGUUGACAUAAAUUCAACAGUCAGUUCCUCAGUAGCUCCUUUGAUCAACACAAAUGUGACUGAGAAUCCAACAAAUGCUUCAGCAGUCACCACAACAUCAUUGCCGACCAAUGCUUCAGAUAUUACCACUCCAGUACCCUCAAAAUUCACAAACACAACAGACAUCCCAACUCCAGCACCAUCAAAUUCAACAUCCAACGACACAACACCGCUAGUUCCUUCACAAAACUCAACAAUUCCAGCUAAUUCUACAGAAAAAGCAUCAAUAUUUCCACCAGAAUACACACCAGCUACAGGUUGGGGUACCUUCUUAAUUGCAUUCGGGCUUGUCGUGAUUGCUGGACUUGUUCUUAGUGCCUUCUACUUCAAGAGUAAGAAACGAGGUUCCAGGAAUGAAUUUUCACCAUUAUUGAGUGAACUAGAAAGUGAUAUGUGA